GGAAAGCUCUGAUUAAAUGCAGUUUAAUAAGCAGUCGCUUUUUGGCCUUCGCGACAACAGGAAGCCCAACGACGACGAGCAUCGGCAGAAGGGCAAUCUACCGACGCAGCCAGCAGACCCUCAGACGUAAGCCCACACACAGCAGCAAGGACUCAGGGCACACAUAUCCCCACGCCCGACGCUUACCCGGUUCCUGCGCUCAAGUUUCAGCCUCGUUCACAAAAUAGCCUUGUCUUCCCGAGUGAUCUCGCAACAAUGGCCGCUUUCAAAGUGUCGAUCUGCGCCAGCAUGAUACGGUCAAACAGACACCAUUCGAACGGUAUCGUCGCAAAGGCGGUUCUAAGAGUAGCCGCCGGGUCAAGAGGGAUCAGGCCCGCCGCCGCCCGUAUGUUCGCCACCGCCGCCGAUGCUGUAGCAGAAUCGGCAACACCACCAUCUCUAACAAGCACAUCAGCCCUCAAAGACCCCGAAGCCUUCCAGAAGUUCAUGUCCCUAAUAGACAGCCGCCGGUCCAACAAAGCCUAUCAAUUCUACACCAUCCUUGAACAGAACGGCGACGUCACCCGUCUCUCCGCACCCGCAUUCCGAUCCGUUCUCGAGCUCGUCAAACUCAACACCGUGCUGCCCAGCAGGGACGACAAAACCCGUUUGGAGGUCACCGAGCGGCUGUGGACCCACUACCACGCCUCGGCGGCCAAACCCGAUGAAGGCGUGUAUAAGCUGUUCCUGUACCUCUACGGCCGACUGAACAGCCUGAGUGGGGUGGAUAAGACGAUCGAGGCUGCCAAGAGGGCCGGACUGAAGCUGGACGAUGCGGCGGUGCAGACGAAACGAGUCCAGUGUUUGGCAUUCGAGGGAAAGUUCGAGGAAGCGAGGGCCGUCCUGGCGAAGUUGAAAUCGGAGAGGAGGGACGUGAUUCUUAAGGCGUCCAACGCCUACAUGUUUGGCCUCUCCGCCGGCGGCCACGAAGAGGAGAUGCUGCAAACGUUCGAGCGAUACCUCGAAGACGGCAUCGACCUCAAAGACUCUUACUUCCACAUCCUCAGCUACUACGCUGCCAAAGCCGAUACCGACAAACUCGCCGAAUGGCUCGACUUCCGCAGAGAACAGGACCCACGCCCCCUCAACGGGCCCCUCUUCAACAUCCUUAUCAACGCCUACAACCGCGCCGGCAAACCCGAAGAAGCCGCCCAACUUGUCGCAGAAAUGCAGGCCGCGAACGUACCCCCCAACGCCCGAUCCGCCGCCUACGUCGCGGAAACAGCCGCCACACAACAGGACGCCGUCGCCGCCUGGCAGGCCUCCAAAGCAUACACCCCGCACUCCAUCCGCACUCUCGUCCACCGCCUCGCCCGCGGCGUAGCUACCGCCACACCCCAACACAUCUUCACCCUCCCCCCCGACGAAACCAUCACAGAGCUCAAAACCAUCCUGAAAAAAGCAGACGUGGAAUACACCGAACGCACCCUCCGCCUCCUCCUCCGUGGCUUCCGCACCCUCAAAAACGGCGCCCUUGCCGAAAAGGUACUCGCCCUCUACCCCGCCUCGGCCUUCAAACCCGCCUACAAACCCCACAAAAUCGUCUUUGACACCUACAUCGCCGCGGAAGACCUCCCCAACGCGCUGCGGAUCCUCGCACUUAUCCGAGAGGGGAAGUGGCCCGUGACGGCGGCGGAUAGGGUCAGUGUGUUGAGGGUGAUGGUCAAGCAGGGACGGAUGGACGAGGCGCACGAGUUUUGGGCGAAGGUGCAGGCGGAGACGAGGGGGAGGGUGGAGAUGAGGGUUGCGGUGGGGAGGUUGAGGGAGGAGUUUGCCGGGGUGGAGUUUGUGGAGGGGGUUUGGAGGGAUGUGGGCGGGGGGGAGAGCGUGUGA